GGUAAUGAAGAUGUUUUUUCUCAUCCUUAUCAACUAGAAAUGUUUUGGCAAGGGUCCUACAUUAUUUUUUCUUUUUUCACCCUUUUCUUUCUCAACCAAACAUUAGAAACUAUAUUAAAAUUUAUGUUUACUCAUCUUCAUUUUUCUUUCUUUGAUACUAUUUUUUCACCGACCAAUCAACAGUUAAAGAAAGUAUUGUAAUAUAAAAAUGUAUACUUAGAAUUGGUUAGGCUAUAAGGUAUAGUUCAUCUCUUCCCCUUUUUUCUCCAACUCCCAAUUAAGUGCCAAAUCAAUUUUUUCAUUUACUCUCCUUUUCAUCUAUAAGUUAUUUCAUAGACUCAGUUGUAUCGCUCUUCCAGUACAGUCAGCGUUAAAUUUGGGAGAAAGUCACGCAACCCUGCGUUGAUCACAGAGACCCUUGAUGCGACAAAGAAAAGCGCAUAGUGGCGGCAACCUCACCCAAUAUGAUGGCUACAGCAAUGAUGGUUCUUCUACAAUAGCGACUCUCUAGGCGGUGAUUCGACUGACAACUACUCUAAUGCAACGGGGACACUCGAUCAGUAAGGGCACAAGAUGAAAGGAUGAAGAUGAUAUAAUUUGGAUUGUGGGUAUUCGUACAUUAUGAAAAGGAGAUAUAUUUGAACACUAGCUGGGAACGCACAAUGUGCGAGGGUGCCCAGAGUGCAGUGCAUAGGUAAUUUCUAACUUACAGUAAAGGGAGUAAGGGAUUUAAUUACAACCAAGAAAGCAUUGCAAGUUAAAAAGGAGGGUUAGGGAGCAGUCUCAAUUUUUUUUCUUUAAACCAAACGAGUGCAAAAGAAGUAGUUUAGGUGCUUGUUACUUAGGCAUGUAAGAGAGUGCAAAAAAAAGUUAUUUUACUUUAUCAGCCAACUUUUUUUGUUGAUGUCAAUGGCAUCAAGGCAUUCCAUAUGUGACCUUUUUUUAUUCAUUUGAUUCAUCUAUUCUUGCCCCUUAGGCGGAUGGGAUUGAUUAACUCUAAGAAUUGAAAUAGAAGUUAAUAGAAGAAUUGAAGCUUUAAAAACUAAAAGUUGAACUUGCUUUCCCUUAAAGAAAAAACUCAAAGCUGAAAUUUGAGCUUCAUAUCGAUUUGAUCACUUGUUCAAUGAAAAAUACUGUAAUAUUGAACUUAAAUACGUGCCAUAACUUGGGUAGACAGACAUCACCAAGACUUUUGUUUAAUAUGAUUAUCUUAUUGAAAGAAAGGGAAAAGAAGCCAAAGUUAUUACCUAAUUCCACAUCAAUUCUUGAAUUAGAACUAUGAAGCAAUCCGGGAUGAGGGAGAAGAAGCUCAAGACCAUUUGGACUCUUAAAUUUCAAUAAAAAAUGAAAUGAAAAUACAUUCCCAAAUUGAUAAUUACAAUCGACACUUAAUUAACAUCCAUUUAGAAACCAAGAAAUAAACCCCAAAUUGAGAAACUGUAACAAUAAAACAUCAUUAUAUAAAAAUUUCAUUUAUCAAACAUCUAUUAUUCAAAACCCAAAAAGUCAAAUACCAACAAAUUAUCAAACCCUAAAAAAUUAGAAUUCAAUAUAUAGAAAAAAAAGAACGCAUUAGGAAUCACUGAUUACAUACCCCAUAAUCCCAAAUUGAAGGGGGCCUCUAGUGUACCGCACGUACUAUGCCGUGAUUGACUCCUGGUUGGCGCUCUAAGUUCUAACAGAUGGGGGAUUCAUGAGAGAGGAGUCUCAGAUCACGAAGAAAGGGAAAUAUGGGAAAGAAAGUGGGUCAACGAGUAAAAAUAUGAUUUGGGUCUAUGAUAAUUUGGUAUUUACACUGUGAAGAGUGGCAAUAAGUUCUCACUUAAGAUGCUACGAUUGAUAGGCAUGGAACAAAUCAGAUGCUUCAAAAAAAGUUAUGGAAAGUUUGUGUUAUCCUUAAGGUGUGCAACCUUAUCUGGAGGGCGUCUAAAUAUUCUCCCUUGCCUUAGUGAUUUGGUGGCGAUGAGGGUAACACUUCAAGAUGUUUGUCCACUAUGCCAUGCUUCAGAAGAGACCGUCUUGCAUAUUUUUGUGCAUUGUCCCUUAGCACAACAAGUUUGGAGUACCUCCUUUCUUGGAUUAUAUGCUCCAUUUGUUGGAUCUUUCCAAGAACUUUUAAAGACUAGUGGAAGGUGGUGUUGUGGUGGCUUCGACGCGUCAUACCUUGACUAACAUUAGAGUUUGGGCUGGUGUUACGAUUUGAUGAUAGAGGCCACUGGUGAUUUAUCUCAAGGUGAACAUGGAUGCCUCAAUGGGAUUCGUUGAUGGAUUAAUGGGCUUGGAUUUCAUUGCGUGUGAUCACAAAGGUUGGUUCAUAGCUGCCGAGAACGUCAGAUGUAGAGAGAGUUUUGGUAUAAGAGAAGUAAAUGCCAUUACACUUA